AGAAUGACACAGACGCACAUUAUAUGAGCUUGUCUGCAGUGAGGGGCUCAUGAUCUGGAGUUUGAGUCACAACAGCCACAUCUGCACUGCCUGGAUUGUACUGAUUUUGUGCUUCACAACAAAUGAGUAUUUAAAGUUACUGGAUUUUUGAUCGUCAUCAUUCCAGAAUCAUGUUGUGUCUACAGGAAUCUGGCGACUGUCUGCGGGAACAGAUGCGUUAUAUGAUGCGAUCCCUGCAGGAUCUAAAGCAUUUGCGGCGGAGCUGCGCAGCGCCCCCUGUCGGACCUCCAGUGAGGUUGCGUGCUUGCAAGCAGCUGAUAGCCCAGCGAGAACGGCGAGCACGCUUGAGGAUCAGCGAUGCCAGCGAGGCGAGCAGUUACGACUCUGCCUGCUGUCUGUCUAGCUCUCUGGAGGAGGAGGACACCGCCGGCGACCCAUCGGCUGUUAGUUCACCGAGCAGCGAGCGAAGUCUGGAGUUUGAUUCGGGUUACUCUGAGGCUUCCUGGCAGGAUGAAGGAGUGGUGUUACGGCGCGCCAAAAACAUCCGCGUAUCUUCGUCUGCGUGUCUUCGCACCAACCAGGCCGCCAACUCCAGAGCGCGUCCGAAGUCAACUUCCGAUGCUUGCUUGGAAAGUUGGACGGCGUUUGAGACCGCAAGUGACCCGGAUGACUGGACUACGUCACUACUCACCCGCGGGCGUAACCGGCAGCCGCUAGUGCUGGGAGACAACAGCUUCGCUGAUCUCAUUGAGAACUGGAUGGACUUACCGGAAUGUCCGGAACAGACGGAACAAAAGCACAGCUCUGGACGCAGUUUCGCUAAAGACUUCAUGGUAAAUGUCAAACGGAGGAUAGCCGGGAUUUCACGGAGUGCUGAUGGGCGAAGAAAGUCGUCAGAUGGUACAAAGCUGAGCAAAUCAAUUAUGGCUCCCAAACGACUUUCUUGCCAAGUUGACGUACAACACAAAAUGCCAUUCUUCUAUAAAUCUCACACAGGUCUGAACGAACUGGACACAGAUUUCUUCAAGUUUACGGCACUCAUGAAAUCUGGAAGCAGAAUGCCCAUUGUCUGUAAUGACAUUAUUGGGUACAUAUGACUAAAAACUGGACAAUAUCUAAAUGGACAAUAUCUCCAGGAGAGACUAAUUAUUUUUUUAUAAAAAGCUUUGUCCGUAAUGCUAUGUAAAAUGCACAAAAAUAAAAAAAUUACAAAAUAA